CCCCACUCGGCCACCAUUCCUACAAUUCAAUACAAGACAAUAAAUGAUCAUCAGACCCGUAACAUUUUUCAAAGACUCCAUUUUCGCUUCUCCCCUCCCCUCAAUAAUUUGGAUCACGUUUUCAAUAACUUAGCCCUCGCAUUUUGCCUACGUAGUAUAGUAUAAAAAUCUCUGGCCGUCGGAGGCUUUGAGAGCAAGUCAACCCGUAAUACCCGCCUUCCGCGUUUUCUCUCUACUUUUUGGAUCCGAAAAAGCCUUCUGAAUCUCCAUUACCUUUAUACAUCCCAUGUUUCAGAUUCAGAUUGGCUAAUGCUACAGCUCCCACAGGUUUAGUCUGAAAUGGCCAACUCCAGCUCUCGGUCUGAUUUCUUGAAGAGUUUCAAGAUUCCCAAGUAUGUACUUGAAUCCGAAUCAAAGCGCGAUGGGAAGAGUGAUGAGCCCGAGUGUCCAGUUUUGGUGUUUAUCAACUCCAAAAGUGGUGGUCAGCUCGGUGGCAAUCUUCUUGUGACGUACCGUCAGCUCCUCAAUGACUGGCAGGUUUUUGAUGUGGGGGAAGAGGCUCCGGAUAAGGUGCUGCGCCGAAUUUAUGUCAAUCUAGAAACGCUCAAGCGCUGGGAUAAAUUUGCUACCAAGAUUCAAGAGAAACUGAGGAUAAUUGUUGCAGGUGGUGAUGGAACUGCUGGAUGGCUUCUUGGAGUUGUUUCUGAUCUGAAAUUAGCUCAUCCGCCACCGAUAGCAACAGUACCCUUAGGAACUGGAAACAAUCUUCCAUUUGCAUUUGGCUGGGGGAAGAAGAAUCCUGGAACAGAUCAACAUGCUGUGGAGUCCUUUUUGCGUCAAGUAAAGGGAGCCAAGGAAAUGAAGAUAGACAGCUGGCACCUUCUCAUGAGGAUGAAGAUUCCAAAAGGAGGUCCAUUGGAUCCCAUUGCGCCUCUUGAGCUUCCCCAUUCUUUGCAUGCCUUUGGCCGUGUCUCUGACACAAACGAGCUGAACAUGGAGGGCUUCCAUACAUUUCGUGGGGGAUUUUGGAAUUACUUCAGUAUGGGAAUGGAUGCUGAAGUAUCAUAUGCGUUUCAUUCAGAGCGGAAGUUGCAUCCUGAAAAGUUUAAAAAUCAGUUAGUUAAUCAGUCUACUUAUGCAAAGCUUGGGUGUACACAAGGCUGGUUUUCUCCUUCCCUUUCUCAGAAUUCUGCCCGGAAUAUAGCUCAAUUUGCAAAGGUGAUGAUUAUAAAAAACCAUGGGGAUCAAUGGGAAGAGCUCCUCCUUCCUCACAGCAUCAAGUCGAUAGUCUGCCUCAAUUUGCCUAGCUUUUCUGGUGGAUUUAAUCCUUGGGGAACACCACGUAGACGGAAGCAUAAUGCAUUCACCCCUCCAUAUGUAGAUGAUGGCCAUUUAGAGGUUGUAGGUUUUACUUCUGCUUGGCAUGGACUUGUAUUGCUUGCGCCAAAUGGACAUGGGACUCGUCUUGCUCAGGCCCACCGAAUCAAAUUUCUGUUUCACAAAGGUGCAAUUGAUCAGACGUACAUGAGAAUUGAUGGGGAACCCUGGAGGCAACCCCUUCCAUCUGAUGAUGACACUGUGAUGGUGGAAAUCUCUCACCUUGGCCAGGUCAACAUUCUCGCUACCAAUGGCUGCAGGUCUAAAAGUAUGCACAAUCCCUCAACACCUACAGCUCAGGAAGAGGAAGGAGUUGACUCAGACGAAGAAACUCUUGAAGCAGAGUUCAGGAAGUUUGGUGCAGCAGACACAUUCAAGCUUCCGGACGAAAUUGAUAUUUCUCAUCUUAGUUAACCAAAACCCUUAUCAAGUAAUACUUUGUGAGUGAUUGAUUUCUCUCACUAUCAUCUUGGCCUAGUAUCAGUCAGUGAAGAUCUUUUUAUCUUAUUCUUUGGUGAAGGAUUGGUAUUAGCUGUAAAUUAUUGGGUUGUAUUUCUGGAAUAUACUUGCUUCAUUUUUACGUAAAAAUCACUCUCACUUCCAUGUGGCCAUCGACCAUUUCGGUGUGUCAGUACUGGUUUUAAAUC